AUUACUGCAAGAUGGGAACGAAAACGCCUAGAAGUUGGUGUUAUAGUUGAAGAUGGAGCCUUAAGGUUGGAGAAAAAAAUGAUUAGUUUGGAAGAAAAGGUGGAUGAUAUGGUUCGUCGCAUGGCCUAUAUGGAUUCGAAGAUAGAUAGGUUGUUUGAUUUGAUUAAUUCUCUUAUAGAGGCAAAACAUUCAAAAGAGGAUCCCGAAUCUCGUGAAAAAUCAGGUGCCGCCGCUAAAAAAUUUCGUCAUAAUUUCGAAUUUGAUGCCUCUCUGAGUGGAAUGGGUGGAAUGGGUAGAAAAAAAUCACCUGAUGUGCACAUAGUGUUAAGUGAUUCAUCUGAAGAAGUUUCUUCCAAACGUAUGAGUUCGAAAAAUGACACAAAGAGUCCCUUGAAGAGUAAGGGUGUUGAAGAGGAUUUUAGUAAGGAAGAGAAGAAUGUUUUGAAGUACAUCUUUGAUGUAAACCACAGUCCCGAAACACGGUUAACAGAACUACAGACUUCAAACUGGCUAAGUGCAGAAAUUUUAAAUCUAUACGCUUGUACGCUGAGGUGGGAUAAUCGAAACGAUGCCUCUAAACUAUCAGCGGAAAAUUGGUUUAUGCCAACCUAUGUCUCGCAAUACAUUACCGAAAGGAAAAAUGGUUGUGAUGCUGGUUGCAUAUAUCGUUAUUUCUUGCGUGAAGAUAAAUAUGGAGGGGAUAUUAAAAAAUGUGAAAAGAUCUUCAUUCCAAUCAAUCCUGGAGGUCAUUGGUACUUGUGUGUAGUCGACAUAAUCAGACAGGAGGUUCUGAUAUUGGACUCACUUAGGCCAAAAAAUUGCAGGGAACGUAUUUCAAGUGCCAAAGUUGUGCUCAAGUAUUUCCAUGAGGCUUUAGAGAUUGGAUGUGGUACAACUUAUAGUGUCAAUAUUUCUAAAUUUCCUACGAAAAUCGCGCAAUGGGUACCACAGCAAAAGAAUCUUUAUGAUUGUGGAUUAUUCACAAUAAGAUUCAUGCAACUAUAUGACGAGCUACGGGCCGGGAUGCAUUUCAGCAUUGAAAACUCACAUUUGGAGAGAAGGAAAAUGGCUAUUGAGAUAUUCUACCAUGAAGCAAAUGAAGCCAAGGAAGAGAUACUUAGAAAAAUAGCGCACUCUUCUCCUCUGCUGCAGCUUCUUAAUGUUCACCGGCAGCUCGGACUUCUGCUCCUCCUUGUA